AUGCCGGCCGAGAUAGCCAAGAAGUUGGGAUUGAUCAAUUCAAUUGUGAAAUCUCGAAUGGAUUUAAAGCUAGCUGAUUCAUCAUUGACCGAACCACUUGGAGAGGUUAAAGACAUUCAGCUUGAUUUUGGAGGCUGCAUAGUUCCAGCCAACUUCUAUGUAGUAACCAUGAAGGAUCCGGAGGACUUAAAGCUUUUGCUUGGAAGAUCAUUCCUAGCCACAGCUGGAGCGAUCAUGGAUUGGCCUAAUAGAAGAAUCUCUCUAGCCAAUGUUGACAAGGACACCUUCUACGAUGCUGCACCUCCCGGUUUCUCAUCCAAGCGAUUUCGCUACACAAGUGGAGGAGAGUGCUCACAAGUAAGAGGAGAGUCGCAUGGCUACUUGAUCAAGGAAGUUCUACAGGACAAGAUGCACUUGGAAUCAUCAGGCAACAGGAAGUUCUUGGAGCCACCAAUCCUACCUAACUAA